AUGAACAUCCACCACCCUAUCCGGACCCUACAGCCCGCCGACCUCCAGCGGCUCCAGCAGCAGUCGAAUGACGGGUCGCUCCACCAACACCUGCAGUCGCUCCAGCCGGGACUGCAGGGCCUCGAUGCGAUAUCGCAGAACCCGGGCGACGCGGCCCUGUUCCAGCAGCGAUACCUAGGCGAUGGAUCGCAGCACGCGUCGCAAGCAGCGGUCCCGCACCAACAUCCUCACCCCUUACAUGCGCCCAAUCCCUUCGAGCACAAUACCGGAUUGCCUCAGUCCCAGGCGCAGUUCCAAGGCCUUCCGGGCGGUUACCAGAACGUGAAUCGAUACAACUUGCUGGCCGGGCCACAGCAGCACAUCCAACCUCCCCCGCCCCCGCACGCCCUCUCCCAGACCUCUCCACAGCAGUUGCAGCAGAUCCAGGCCCAGCGACUCCCGGAUCUCGAGUUACAGACGGAAUUUAUACAGGCUCAGGCACAGGCGCAAGCGCAGGCUCAGGCACAGGCUCAGGCGCAGGCUCAGGCGCAAGCACAGGCUCAAGCACAAGCGCAGGCACAAGUCCAGGCGCAGGUUCAGGCUCAGGCGCAGGUUCAAGAAGCGGAGGAUUAUCCCGCGACAACGAGCCAUGGUCAGUUUGAGGGACUGAAGCUGAUACCGCACCCGCCGGAUUUGGCGGAAUGGCGAGAGAAGCUGUUCCACGUUGAUGAUAUCAUCACGCUGACGGAGGAGGAGUUCCAAGUCUACUUCCCACACAUCGACAAUGUCUACUCGCACCGCUCUACACAACGACACAAGCGCAAACGCUUCGUCUCCCACUACUGGGACUGCCGACUAAAGGGCCGGCCACCAGGAACUAAGAAAUCCACCGACCCCGACAAGAAGAAGCGGAAGCGCGUUGCGCGGGAGCGGGACCUAUGCGAUGUGAAAAUCAAGAUCACGGAGUUCUUCGAUGGCAACGAGUUGGCGGAAGAGACGGGGCAGCAGCCGCCCAUGGACAUGGACAUGGACACAGACACCACGGCCGUAGACGGAAACUUCUUCCCCCAGACGCAGGUGCCGCCGCAGCAGGUCAGCCCUUGGGGCAUGCCGAUGCAAGUUCAGCAACAGCAGCAGCAACACCGGCCGAUUGACAAGCCGAGGAAAUUCUACACGAUCCAGCGAGUUAAUGGAAAUGGCGGGAAUGGCAAAGGCGACGGCGUUGCUGGACCGCAUAAACAUUCGCUCGAGGAGAGUGACCGCGUGAAGAAGAACAGUGUCGUCCGGUGGAUGAUGAAGAACGAGAAGGACAAGAAGAAGGUGCAGGGCAGUGACACCACCAAAAAGACGUACCACAAGAGGGCGACCGGCAAUGCUCUUUCAACUGUGAAGCUUCACAUGAAAGAGGAUGAUCUAAAGCUGUAUGGAAGCUGUUUCUGCCCCUUCGUCCAACGCGUAUGGAUAUCUCUCGAAGCCAAGGGGAUCCCAUAUCAAUACAUCGAGGUGGAUCCCUACAAGAAGCCGCAGUCUCUCUUGGACAUUAAUCCUCGCGGUCUCGUGCCUGCGAUCCGGCACGGGCCGUCAUGGUCGACGCACGAGUCGACGGUGAUUAUGGAGUACUUCGAGGACAUAGGUGGUCCACGGUCCUCCCUCUUCCCAAUGAAUCCCCAGGCCAAGGCGACGUCUCGUCUAUGGACGGAUCACAUCAAUCGACUCAUCAUACCUUGCUUCUACCGGCUCCUCCAGGCGCAGGACCCCAACGACCAGGUGAACCACGCCACCGAGCUCCGGAGCGAGAUGAGCAAGCUCGUCGAGGCCGCCGACCCGCAAGGCCCCUUCUUCACGGGCCCGAAGCUCGGGUUCGUGGACGUCCAGAUUGCGCCUUGGGUGCUGAGGCUGCGGCGGGUGCUCGGUCCGUACCGAGGAUGGCCUGAGCCCGAGGAAGGGAGUCGAUGGGCGAAGUGGGUGGCUGCGAUCGAGAAUGAUAAGAGCGUGCGGGCGACGACGAGCGACGAUGCGCUCUAUCUCGACAGCUACGAGCGAUAUGCGGAGAACAGACCAGACACCAGCCAGCUUGCCAACGCGGUCAAUUCGGGCAGAGGAUUGCCGUGAAGGGAUUGUGAUGGUGACGUUGACCUAGGCUUGGAAUGUGAAGUGUACAAAUGUCUAUCUUAUACUAAUGAUCGAUGUCUCUUCCCCAGCGUGGAGAUUGUAUGAAUAUUACUUCUUUAUCACCAUUAUUGCUAUCUACAGUUUUAUGUAUAUAUUGUAAUGUCUUUUUUUUUUCCUUUGGAUUUGGUGGACUGGAUGCGU